AUGAUCUAUUUCCCGUUUCUCCUCGAUUUACAAAAAUUCGGUAUCUUAGGGAAAUAUACCCUCACGUCUGUGGUAAAUCACCGCGGUUCUUUAAAUGGUGGUCAUUAUUAUACUUACUCGAAAUGUGGAGAAUUUUGGUAUAUUUUUAAUGACGACGUGGUGACUAAAAUCAAUGAAAAUCACGUUGUGUCAAAUUACGCGUUCUUAUUAUUUUAUGAACGUGUUUGA